AAUGGUAUUUAUAUGUAAAUCAUAUAAAUGUAAAAUAAACAACAAUAUAAAAUUCGGAAUAAAGUAAUGAUAUCCUCAUCUUUCAAUUACAAUAGGUCCUACACACGAAAAAUGGCUACUGAUCCUGCGCCUUUGUCAAAGACAGCGAAGUAUAAGAAAAUAACAAAGCCCCUGCUCGAAAGAAAGAGGCGGGCCCGCAUCAACCGAUGCCUCGACGAACUAAAGGACCUCAUGGUUGGGGCUCUAGAGAUCGAUGACGACAACUUAAGUAAGUUGGAAAAGGCUGAUAUCCUUGAGUUAACCGUUAAUCAUCUCACAAAAUUACACAGUCCUAAAGAUCCAGUUUUGGAAGCGAAGAAAUUUCAGGCCGGCUUCGGACAGUGUGCCGCGGAGGCGUGCCGGUUUAUUAUGUCGGUUCCCGAUUUGGACGCCAAAGUCAGCCAGAGUCUGAUAAGCCACUUAUCGAGAUUAAUCACAGCGCAACCGCUGUCAAUUCAAGUUCCGGACCGGCCGCCUUUCUCCCCACCCACGUCACCCUCGUCCGUCGUUUCCGACAGAAAUCAUUACUACAGCGACUUGGAAAGAUCCUCUUCAGAUGCCGAAGAGUCCGUAUACACCUAUGAAAACGCUUCUAAACAAUGGACUUACUCACAGCCAAAUAUUGGACAACAUCCCAAAUCUACGCCACGAAUGACGGGGUUGUUGACGACUGUCGACAAAAUUCCACAUCCACAUCACGUCGCGGAUCAAAUUAAUAGCUCUCACCAUCAUAGGAGUAACGCUUAUUUCAAUAGAGUCCCGUCUGAGGCGAAGGAUGUUAUACUUCAAAAGAUCAGACAACACAUAAUGGACAAACGCGGUAACGAGAACGUUGAUGUAAACACUACAGUUGAGCCCGUCGUUAACGAACCAAAAUAUUUGUAUAGAGAAGAUGCAUGCAGAAGCGAUCUCGUGUAUCAAUAUUCGCCAGUGAACGCACCCAACUCAGACACAUUAGAUUUGAGGAAGUUCAGAUCGCCUAUGAAGACCUCCGUCGAGGACGCGUCGCCGAAAAAAACCACUAGCAAAUUAGACACGCAACCUGCGCCCGAGAUCAAAGUUGAAACGGUCAAUGUUCCGGAACAGUGCGAAUUGCCGAUGGAUUACAACAACUUACCACCUAAAAAGAAAAGGAAAUUAAUCGAAUAUCAGGAAUAUAAAAAACAAGAGGAGGCAAAGCGACAACUCGAGGCUUUUUACGAAGCGAAAAAAGGGCGUCGCGCCGACGACGCUCAAGUUGAUGAAGAAAAAUGGCGUCCGUGGUAGAUCCUGCGAAGUCGCCUCAAAAUAAUGUGAUAUUAAGAUUCUUCCAAUAUAAAGCUUUAAUUAAUUUAUGUAUGUUACGUUACGUAUUGUUUCAUACUCGUGCCUUAAUUAUAUUAUUGUAUUUUAAAUCUUCCUUUUAAGUUCUGUGUUAGAUUAGUCAUUAAAAUAUUGUAACUUCAAAUUUUAUUUAUGUGCCAUUUUUGAUCUCUACGCCAUUAGAUAUGUUUCUGAGUAUAGAUAUGUUGUCUUCCAAAUAAUAUAAAGUAUCAUGGUAAUUGAAAUUUUAUUAUUCAUAAGCUUAUCUCAGAUAUAUGAAAAAACUCAACAAUAAAUGAUACAAAUAAAAACCUCUUUUAAUCUCCUAUAAAAGACAUAAACGAACUGCCUUCAUAAGGUUUAGUAGAAAUGCCUAUAUAUUAUAAAUAAACUUUAAUAGUAAUUUCUCCUUUUUUUAUAUUUUUUAUUAAGGUAGGUACCAAUGUUACUAGGGUUUUUUUUUAUAUUGUCAUGCGUCAAUAUUCAAUAAUAUUAAAUAUCAAAAUAAAGACGGAUUUUUUAAUUUAAAUUGCGAAUGUUUUAAAGAAUAAUUUAUUUUUAUAUUUAUCAUUAAAAUAAUAAUUAGACACUAAUAUUAAUCUUAUGAAUGAUUAUUCAUAAUAUAUAAACAAUUAAAAGGCAUAUGCCUAUUAUAUUCUCUUGAAUAAUAAAAAAAAUAAAUACUUAUAUUAAAUUAAUCAUUUAUAUUUAGGAAUUUUCAAAAUAAUAAAUAUUAAAACAUUAACUACCUCCUACAUACCGCAACUCAAUAUUAAUAUCUUCCUUGUAUCUUCCUACCACUAUCGCCAUCUAUAUUAAGCUACUCCCAACAUUUUCAAAAUAUCAGCGCCAUCUCUUAAAAUCAGUCAAAUAUAACUUAUAUUUAUGAUAUCGUUUCAAGCAUUUAAUAAAUUAUAUUAUUCAUAGAUGACGCUGAUAAUGCGCACAUUAUAAGCAAUUUAUAAUUUUGUACUUCUUUAACUCCUAUUCAUCUAACCUUAGAGUAUAAAUAAGCUUGAGUAUAAGCUUGCUUAUAUAUCUGGCCGAUAGACGAAACUAAUUGCUAUUGACUUUUAUACACUAGUCAAUAGAAAUAAGAUUAAAAUAUGACAAUAAAGAUGCCUAGGGUUGUUAUUAAAUUGUUUAUAAGAUGAAAAUAUGGAAUUAUUCUUUUUAAUGACAAAUUAUUAAAAGUGAUGAAACUUUUUUGAACAUUUUAUUCUUAUAUUUAAAAAAAAUGGAAUAGUUUAAAUUUUGUAAGUACAAAAAAGAAAUAUGGCAUAGUAAAAAAAAAUAUAGCAAUAGCAGCGCCAUCUAUGGAUAAUCAGACAGAAUUAAACAGUGACGUUCCUCUUCCAAUUUUUCAUGACUAUUAAGAGAUUACGCGAGUUGUCUUAUUAUUUUUCUCUGUUAUUUUCAUCAUUAAAAAGUGUAUAUCAUAAUCAUUAUAUAAUUCAUAAAAGUUAUUUUUUCUCUUGAUAGUCAAUAUUUUCAUGUAUAAUAAAUUAUUAUUAUCGCACUUUAGUGAUCAAACUCAUUGAUCCCUAGGCGCGUCAAUGUUCGAUAAAAAUAAUGGAU